AUGAUAAUCAUAUUUCGCACAGGAUACCGCGUAUCGGAGCAACACAAGGAGGGCUAUAAGCGCGAGCCUAAUCCUGUUAGCACCCCAUUUAGACAGUACACAUACCUAGCCUUAGGCAGUCUGCUAAUUACUUCCUUAAAAGAGGAAAAGAUGGGAAACACCAAAAGGAAGGCGGUUCAGCGGAUGAUCGGAUGA